UUGAAUGAAUCACAGAAAGGGUGUUAUUCAAAAAGCUGAAAAAAUGUUUUUGGAGAAGCCUUCUGGUUUUGAUGUGCAAUGUAAAUAUUGCUGAAAUGGCUGAAACUGUUACUCAGAAUACCAAAUGGAAGGGAUUGUUGGUACCUGCUUUGAAAAAGGUUCAAAAGCAGGUGCAACCAACCCUCGUCAUUGAUGUGGAAGCUUUGGUGUAUUUAGAAGAGCUAAUCAUACAACUGCUUUAUCAAAUGUGUAAUUGCCAGCCCUACUCAGUAUCUGAUGUGAAACAAAAAAUAGAAACCUCAUUUCCUCCGCAAAUAAAAGAUUGGGCAAUAGGGUCUGCAGAAGCUGCAAUUGAGAAGGGGAAGAAAAAAACUCUUACGUUAUCAGUUGACAAACUGCAACCAUUGAUUCAAAAGGAGGUGUUAGGUUAUAAGAUAGAUUCUCAGGUGGCAAUGUAUAUCAUAGCUGUUCUUGAAUAUAUAUCUGCUGACAUAUUGAAGCUUGCUGGCAAUUAUGUAAAGAAUAUUAGACAUAACACAAUAACAACUCAAGACGUAAAAGUAGCAAUGUAUGCGGACAAGGUAUUGAUGUCAAUGUUCCAUAGUGAAGAUAUGGAGUCGUUAAUUGAACCUGUGCCAUUGCCUUUUGCCAAACGAGGAUCCUUGCUGUACAUAGACAUAUUAAAAGAUUUCAUGAUGGCAGAAGAGCAAUAUUUAAGAGAAUUAAACUUAAUUAUAAAGGUUUUUCGACAACCAAUGGUAGAAGCUAGGCAUGUUUUUUCUGAAGAGGAUUUAGAUAAACUUUUCAGUAAUAUUAUGGAUAUACAUGAAGUUACUGUGCAGUUUUACGGAAUGCUUGAAACCACAUUUGAGAUGGCUGAUGAUAAUUCAGGUCGUGAACCACUUAUAGGAGAUGUCCUAGAAGAAAUGGCUGAGGCUGCUGAAUUUGAAUGUUAUGACACAUAUGCAUAUGAACAAGUUUCUGGUGCAAGUCAGGAACAAGUAGUGCUUGGGACAUAUGGAAAAAUAAAAGAUAUGUUAGAAGAUUAUGACGUUAAAGAAUACUUUCAGAAAAGGGGGCUAUACGAUGCUGUUAAAUAUAUUUUACCAAAGCUGUUAUAUGGACCUAUCUAUCAUUGUUCUGACUGUUUUGAAUAUAUAAGACUUUUGAUGUGUACUUCACCAGACGGUGCUGAUCGUGAAAAGCUAGAUGAGUCCCUCAGUGCUUUAAGGGGGUUACAAGUUUCGAUUGAAAAAAUGUGCUCAAUGCCGCCUUUGAAAAGAUCUACUGAGGAUAUGAUUUUUUAUCAACGGCGAAUGGGCACUGCUGUUCCAAGUUCAUCAACCAAAAUGGUGAGCAUCCAAGAAAACAUAGAGGGCUGGGAGGGAAAAGAUUUAAGCCAAAUUGCUUCACUUUUCUUAAAAGAAGGUACACUGGUACGACCUGCUCAAGAUGGGAAGAAGGCUACAGAGAGAAAAGUUUUUUUAUUUGAUAAUUUGAUGGUUUGUACAAAACAGAAUGUUCGCCAUCACCUGACUGGUUUUAGUCAAGCUGAAUAUCGACUAAAAGAAAAGAUAUUGCUACGUAAAGUUGAGAUAAUUGAUCAUGAGGAUACAGAAGAAUUGAAACAUUGUUUUGAAAUAUCAGAUCCAAGCAGUUCCAACACCCUGUUUUGUUGUAAGGAUGAUGUUACGAAAUAUGAGUGGAUGUCUUUUCUGAUGACACUGCAACAUAGAAGUACUUUGGAUCGAAUGUUAGAUGUUAUAUUACAAGAAGAAGAGCAAAGUAUACAGCUACACACUCCUGAUCCCUCUCUGUACAAAUUUGCCGAGGAGGAUUCGGAUGAAAAUAUAAAAUUUGAAGAUUCUGGAGAGGAUGACACUGGUAUUCCUGUUUUAAAAGGUGGCACAUUGUACAAACUAGUUGAGAGGCUGACAUAUCACAAAUAUGCUGAUCCAACAUUCAUUCGUGUGUUUUUAACAACAUAUCGCUCGUUCAGUAAUCCUGUUGAACUUCUCGAUUUGUUGAUAGAACGUUAUGAUAUUCCCGAACCAACUACGCUAGCCAAUGGAAGUGACAAACCUGUCGUUACAAGAGAGGAGUUGAAGCGAUUUCGUAAGGAAUAUUCACAUCCAAUACAGCUUAGGGUACUGAAUGUGUUACGUCAUUGGGUGGACCAACAUUUUUAUGAUUUCCAAAGAGAAGAGACUCUAUUGAGUACAUUACAAAAGUUUUUGUCCCGAGUAGUACGCAGUAAAACAGCGCGAAAAUGGGUCGAAACCAUCGAGAAGAUUGUGAACAGAAGAUUGGAAACAGCAUCAGUGGGACCGGAAGUCUACACAUUCAGCACUCCCGCACCUGCUUUCGAAUGGCAUCUUACAAAUAAUAUCGAAAAAUUCUCUUUACUCACUCUUCAUCCGUUGGAGAUUGGUCGUCAAUUAACCAUCAUGCAAUCCGAAAUAUUCAGAUCUAUCAAACCAUCUGAAUUAGUUGGAACCGUGUGGGUGAAGAAGGACAAAGAAAAGCUCUCUCCCAAUGCGUUAAAAAUGAUUCAUCUCUCUACUUUGUUAACCUUUUGGUACGAACUCAGCAUAUGCGAAACGCACAACUUUGAAGAACGAGUUGCAGUUUAUACUAGAAUUAUUGAUAUAUUAAUGGUGUUUAUCGAAUUGAAUAAUUUUAAUGGUAUGAUGGAAAUACUUGGCGCACUCAAUUCGGCUCCAGUGCAUAGACUUCGCUUCACAACAGGAGAACUUUCACCGAAGAGAAUGCAAGCACUGCAAUACGUGAAAGAAUUAACAGAUGACGGACACAACGUGAAGUACACGGAGAAACUACGUUCUAUAAACCCUCCUUGCGUACCGUUCUUAGGUGUGUACUUAUCCAAUAUUUUAAAAGCGGAAGAAGGUAAUCCUGACUUUUUACCAAAUUGUCCAGAUGGCAUCAUCAACUUCAGUAAAAGGCGUAUGGUAGCUGAUAUCACCGGAGAAAUACAAAAAUAUCAAAACAUGCCAUACAACCUUCAGAUUCAACCACAAAUUAAAAAGUAUAUUGAGGAAUUAGACCCCUAUGCUGGUCGAACAGAUCAAGAACUUAAAGAUCACUUGUACGAGUCAUCGCUUAUGAUUGAACCAAGACAAGCAAAACAACCAACGAAAUUUGUAAGAAAAUCAGACAUACAUCUUAAAUCACCCGGCAUAAAAGCUGGAUCCAGAACGCAAUCUAUGGGUCGCAAACCAUCCUCCAGUUCGCAAAUGACGGAUGUCGAACCGACACCAAUUUUGGAAAGACGUCGUCCUCCGUCUCCUACUCCUUCUACAGUGUCAUCAUUUUCCACUUUUACAAUAAACGAAGAUGAACCCGACGGUGGAGAGAAGGAGGAAGAUGAAGUUAUUGAGGAGCCUCCACCGUUGCUAUUACCACGCGCUCCCAAAAGCGAAGGAAGGCUGCCAGAACUACCAGCAAAACCUGUUAGUUAUAAAAAACAAUUUUCGUUACCUGCUCGACCAGAGGCCAUUUCUCGUUCUUUUUCUCUGGAGGAUGCACCAGUGGAACCACCAAGCUUACCUCCCAGGACUCCUGCUGCUCUACGAACUAAUCAGGAAACAGCGUUUGCAUUGCCAGUUAAUACACCUCCUGUUCCGUAUAGGGAAGGAGAUCGACAAAGGGCACAAUCCGAUAUUGGACCGCCCUCGUUACCAUCUAGACGAUCGAAACCCAAAUUGCUACACAGAAGUAGCGAACCUAGUAUAGAUGUUGUCCCGGAGGUAACUGCGCCCCCUGAGAUACCACCCAGAAAGGUACAAAAAUAAAGAUCUCAAGGUUUAUUUAACUUGCAUCGCUUUUACUGAAAAAAAACUCAAUUUAGACUUGUUUGUCUCUACUAAUUUCAAAAGCCGUAUUAUUAUUUCCUCAACUUUAAAAAUAGAUGAAAUUUUGGCUUACAAAGAAAACGAUCAUAUUUUUUUAGAUUUGCUAGAAUUUUUUAUAUUUUUAUUCUAUUUUUUUGGAAUUUUUUAUAUUUAUAGAAAAAUAAGAAAUAUUAUAUUGAACAAGCUCCUGGAACAAUUUUGUAAACUUUUUCAUGAUGUUGAUGUUAAAAGGGUUACAAAAUUGCUUUUAUACUUUGAUGACUUGAAGUAAAACUAAUAAAUGUAACAAUCCUUUUUUUUUUAAGCACCUUUGCUUGCUCGGGCUAAUGGCGAUGAAAAGUUGACGAGUAUUGAGGACAAAAACAACUAUCAUAUUGACAAGUAAAAAUAGUUGAAAAUAAUGGAAAGAUGCCUUAUAUUUACCUUACUCUAGCCUUCUUUAAAGAAGUGCUUUUAACUUUUUUUUACUUAACCAGCUAGCUAAAUUCUUUUAAAGUUUGCUUCGGAUUGCAUACAAAGCAAGUCAAGAUAGAAACAGUGACUUCAAAUCUUUUUCGUGGUACUCAUAACCUUUGUAAAAUUAUUAAACGUAGCAUUUUGCAAGAAAUCCUGCUUCUCGUGUUGCCUUUGCUUCUUCAUCAAAACAAAGUUUUUAAUUCUUGUAUAUUAUUGCAGACCGUAGUUAUUUUCCCGCCAAAAAAGCAACAAAGUGGUUUGAUUUUAGAAUACAACAAUAUAAAGAAAGGGAAAAUUCUUCUUGCGAAAAUACUAAUUGACGUCUACGUGGUUGUGAAGUGUGUAUAAUUUCAUGCAUCUUGACAUUUUGGGUGGUCCGUUUGUUGCACGUGAUUUUUUGAAAUGUGAAAGGUUUGAGGGUAGUAUUGGAGUGCUUAAUUGUAUUGUUUCGUAGCCCCUUUAAAUCAACAUUUGUAGUAAGUCUUUGCACGUUUUUAGUUUGUCCCGUAGCCACUGGAGACCACAAUUAAUAUCUUUGUGUGUUUGUGUAGAAGCGAAAAUGAGAUAUAACCUUAAGCACCGAGUAGGAGAACGACAUAGGAUACCAGAGUUUUAUACAACCUCGUUUCCAAGCUCAAGUUUAAAUAUAACGCCCUGUCAAUGAGAAUCUAUGCAAAACAAAAAAAAAAUGGCUUCAAAUCUGUUGGUUUUUUUUGUGAAUUGAGAUUUUUGAGAUUUUUUUGUAAAUAGCUGCAAGCUAGUAGACAAUGUUGUAAUUUGUAUAUACGAUUGAAAUUUAUAACAUCAGUCGCGAUA